AAGCGUCCGGCGUACGCGCAUAUCGAAACAAUUGCAUAUGGAAAUCACACUAACAUGACACCUGUAAAGCAAUCGAUUAUAAUCGAUGAUCGAAUUCGUUUUUCUUAUCAAUCCGGGUAAACUAGUGAAUUGAAAAAAAAAUAGGUGUAAAUGGUAAGGGGACACAUGGUAAGGGGAUACAAUCAAUGACUUGAGUGAACUUUAAAGAAAUUUGUAGUAUUAUAUUGCACCCUAUCAAUUGUGAUAUAUACAAGACAUUUGUUAGCUUACGUAUAAAAAUUAAGUGAAUUAUAUAGAACAGUGUGCAGAGACUCCUGGUAUAAUUAGUAUACUUCUUGUGAUUCAUAUAAAAUUAUUAUUUAUUGUUAUUUUUUUAGUGUAUCUAGUCUCUAUUACCAUUUUGUGAUAAAACCAAUAAAUCCCAAGCCAUUUAAAUAAAUCCAUUACCCCAAGUGCCAAAAAAAAUGCCGCCCUACGGUUCCAAUUCCCUACCACCGGUCAACACCGGCAACUGUACAGAAGACACAGAAACCGGUGCCUGUGGUGCCCUGAGUUUACCCCCAAUAGGAAAAACCGGUUACAUCAAUGAAGCCUUCGAAAAAGGCGUCGGCGAUUUUCCAGGAAAGUUGCCCAAGGUUUCCCCGCUGAAUGACGAUGAAAAAUCCAAAGACGAUGGGAAGCUUCUGGAUUUCGAUGAUGUAUUGCCGCACAUUGGAGAAUUUGGGGUAUAUCAAAAAGUUCUGUUCUUGCUGAUGAUACCUUAUGCGUUUUUUGUGGCGUUUGUGUAUUUUACGCAGAUUUUUAUAACCGUGGCUCCGGAAGAACAUUGGUGCUAUGUUCCGGAGUUGGCGCAUUUGACUGCUGAAGAGAGGUUAAAUUUGGCCAUACCCCGUGCAGCUCCAGGCGAAGGCGAUAAGGCCUUCACGUACUCCCAAUGUGUUCGGUAUGAUGUCAAUUUUACAGAACUUUUGGAAAACGGAACCCUAGAUUUGGUUCCGAACCCAAACUGGCCAGUAAGGCCUUGUGACCAGGGAUGGGAGUUUGAUUUUUCGGAAAUACCUUAUGCUUCAAUAACGGCUGAGAUAAGAGGUAAAACUGUAGGGAUAAAAUGGCUAUAA